AUGAAUUUCGAAGUCGUCAAAGCAAUCGCACAACUAAGAAAACCCGGAGACCUCAUGGCGGAUUUUUCGAAGCUCAGCAGCGCACCGGAUCACCACGACGUGCGACAGCAGCAUCACUCUCCGCUUCCCCCACAAUCAAAGAGCAAACGUAUUGUGACUCAGAAUGUUACCUCCGAGUUCUUCGCCGCCGCAUCAGCUCUCAAUACCGGUCAACUUGUUAAAGAUGAAUACUUCACUCUAUUCGAAGCAGUGGGAGCACUGGAGAUCAUGGAUCCUAAGAUGGAUAGCGGUUUCUUGACAUCUGGUGAAUCCGUAGAGCAUGAUUACGAUGUCCUGAGAGAGCUACUACCAGAGGAGGUCCUCGGAAUCAUGGACCAAAUGUUAUGCUUUGAGAUGACGUGGCACAUGGGACAUCCUCUUUCACAGUCGUUGUUUACUUCAGCAUAUAUCGAUCAACUUCUCUGGCCCGAUCCCAAGACAUUGGAGCAAGCUCGUUUUGAGCGGGACAAGACGUCCGGACCAGGGAAUAAGCUGCUACACCUAGUACUUCGGGCAUAUUGCCUGGGCCUAGUCAAAACUUGCGACUUUGUACGUAGGAGAAUCAUGUCCGAGCAUUACUACGAGGAAGAAGACUUUGUGGUGAGCCUGUACCAUCGGAAACUGCUCGACGACUUCGAAUUGUCCGAUAUAUCUACGAAAAUAGAGGAUGCCAUGGCGUUUGUCACUAAAGAAAUAGAGUCGAUGGAUCGUCCCUUCAGAGACGCCCUCCUCAAUCGGCUACAACUUCGAAAAACGUUGCUGUCUGCUGUCCAAUCAGAUGGAUUUUUGGAUCGUCAAAGAGCGAGGCUAUGGGAGAGGUGCCUCGAGCUACUUCCCAUGCUUUCGCAGACAAAUAAGCUUGGUGUGCCGAUAGAGAACUCUUUCGGCAUAAAGAUACAGCGUAAGCUAGCUAGCAGCGUGCCUCCGCGACCAAUAGUCAGGAUCAGCUUUGACGAGGCUCUCUCACGAUUAAGUGGUAUCUGUCAGAACGGUAGGGAUGCUUACCGAAUCCUGGAUUCUCAGGCUGGAACUCGUCUCAUGACGUUCGUCUUGACAUACCAAUCUCGAAUACCACAACCUUCCAUUUACAUACGAUGCUUACUGCAGUCACUGGUUUUCAGCGAGAUGAGGGUACUUGGGACCAUAUCAUUGAAGCAACUUCUCUUUGAUGAUUUCGAAGAACUUGUGCUGCCUGCAGAUAUCCUUGUCGACCCAGCCAAUGGUGACAUCGAAGCGCCCCAAGAUCCUAGGUUUCAGAUCUCGAAGAGGAUGGAUGCUUUCGUGACAAAAGCUGCGGAUGCUGAAGGGAUUGACACCGAACUUCGCAAGUACACCAAAGAAGAGCCGAUUAGGGAACUAAGUGCGCCAAACGAAGAGAUCUGGUCGUUUCCCCUGUCGUCAUGGGCGUAUUAUUACAAAUUGCGCCAGAUGGAGUGGAUCGUGCAGAUGGGCUUCGAGCUAGACAUCUACCAAGUUGACGAGCUAGCUGGAAUGUAUUGGUAUCUAGACUGGAAACCCCUCCACAGACCAUGUGUAAGGGCUGAAGUCGCUAUUUAUAGGUAUCUGCAGCAUCUGGCAAGCACUCGGCUUCAGCACAUAGAGCGUAUUCGAACUUUCAGCGCGCACAGGCUUAAGCGCAUCGCCAACCCAACGCUCAAGCAGAAGACAUCAUUUCGCCGUUCGUUCUCUUUCCUGGAUUUUGCUACGCUUGAGGCAUCGGCGACUCAAUCUUUUGCCGAGGGUCUCUCCUGUCUCUUCUCAUUCUUAGCUCAUCUAGGACUUAUUCCUGCUCCAUACCAUCCUUUGCCGUACGGCACGCCAGCGCUUCGCUAUUCUCUCCGAGUGCAGCCCUUCCUUUCUGUGUCUCUCCCUGAGGUGCCGUCUUAUCCCGAAUUUGCAUCUCGUGUUUCUCUUCACACUCUCGAGAGAGAUGCAGGAGAUCCUUCCCAUCAGACAGCAUCCACAAAGAUUGAAACCAACGAUCAAGCGGUUGCAAUCCUGGACUUUGCAGAUCAAGCGUUGAAAGCAGCCAGAAAGGAUUGGGAAGCUAUCAGCAAGACGAAAGCCGAGACAGCACGGUGCGUUGGAUGCGAAGACUGGUGGAGAGCCUCGGUCAAGAACAUCGUCAGAGCUUGCAUCACAGCAAACAUAAUGAUUGCAACAUCAAAGAAGGCCAUGUCGAAAGCAGCGUCCCAGGACGCACGGGAGAUCCUAAAAGUGGAAGUGGUAAAGAGUAAUGAGCUCUAUCACGCUUGGUGGAUGGUACCUCGGAUUUUGCCGAAGUGA